AUGGCUGYCCGCAGGGAGACCCCGCCUUCCCAGCACGCCCCGCGCCGCGCUGACCUUCUAGCGAGCGAACCGCCAUCUCUACUGCUCCGGCGGGGCGGAGCGCCGGGAGCCUCCAGCGCCCCCGCGCGGAACGGGUACCUCGGAGUCAUGCCCGCCUACAGCGCUGCCGACGACGCGCUCACCACCAAGUUGGUGACUUUUUAUGAGCACCUGAAGGACUCCUCUGUGCCUUCUCACCAAGCGACUGUCCUCUUGUUUGACCCUAGCAACGGGACUUUGAAAGCUGUCCUGGAUGGCAGUGUSAUUACAGCCAAACGAACAGCUGCAGUUUCUGCCAUUGCUACCAAGCUGUUAAUGCCACCUUUUGCAGAAGUGCUGUGCAUUUUGGGAGCUGGUGUUCAAGCAUACAGCCAUUACGAUAUCUUCACGGAGCUGUUCACAUUUAAAGAGGUCAGGAUCUGGAACCGCACCAAGGAGAAGGCACUCCUUUUUGCCAGCUCUGUCAGUGGCCCUGUGCGGGUGUGCUCCUCGGCCCAGGAGGCAGUGACAGGGGCUGAUGUGAUUGUCACUGUCACCAUGGCAACAGCUCCCAUCCUCUUUGGGGCCUGGGUGAAGCCAGGUGCCCACAUCAACGCUGUGGGAGCCAGCAGACCAGACUGGAGAGAGCUGGAUGAUGAGCUGAUGAGGAACUCUGURCUGUUUGUGGAUUCCAGAGACGCUGCUCGCACAGAAUCAGGAGAUGUGAUUUUAUCUGGGGCGGAGAUUUUUGCUGAGCUGGGGGAGGUAUUGAAGGGUACCAAACCAGCCCUGCCUGAGAAAACAACAGUGUUUAAAUCGUUGGGGAUGGCGGUUGAAGAUACAGUAGCAGCAAAAUUUGUUUAUGAUGCGUGGUCAGCUGGUAACUAAAGAGAGAAGUCUACAAUGCCAAUGAGGCCAAGAAAAUCGUUUGCACUUAGCUUCCCUGAAUCCUGUGUUAACAAGAAAGACACCAAUUCUAUCUGAAUGUGGCCCUUCUAGAACAAUCAAGAAUGAAAAGUAAAAUUUCAGCAAUAGACUCAUUCCUAAAGUUUUCUGAUUUCAAGUAUUAGAUACUUGCAGUAUUCUAAUAAAUGUCUUUCUCUUGUUACUGCAAGAAUUAGAUGUUUGCAGUGAUACUAACAAGGGCAUUUUUACAUCUUUUGGUAUCGUUCUGCAAUCAAUGCCUUUCCUCCCUGAUUAUUUACAUAGCAGAAACCUGUGUGUAAUUUCAUGGUUUUUAGAGGGAUAAUUCAUUCUGGUGUAAAACACAUCAGUUUGGGAGUGGACUGUGCCAUCACGUUUGCCUGKGAUGUURUUU